AGAGAGAGAGAGAGAGAGUGGCGAGGGAGCGGUGACGUGUCGCAGUUGGCUCGCGCCCGCCUGUCCGCCUGGCGAGUCGAGAGGCAGCCCCCGCCGAGCACCGGUCGCGUCUUGCGUGCGUGCGUGUGUGUGUUGUGCGCGAGGUGCGUGGAGUGUGCUGUGCGUGUGUGUGUUGUGCGCGUGGUGCGUGGAGUGUGCUGUGCGCGUGUGUCGUCGCCAUGGGCCAGUCGGACGACCAGAGGGACGACGAGUACGUCAAGGAGGAGGUGGAGCUGCUGCACGAGGAUGGCGGCUACCAGCCUCCCGCCGGCGCCACGCCGGUCAAGCUCGACGUCUUCAUACAGAAGUUCAUCGAGAUCAAGCGCGUCGUGCCCAUGGUCUUCAGUCACUUCAAAGUUCUCGGCGAGCGAGGGUCCGGCAUCAGGGUCAGGGGCGAGGUGCAGGACUUCAACAAGCUGCGCGACGAGUGCCUGUCGCAGGGCACGCUCUUCGAGGACCCCGAGUUCCCGGCCGAGGACGCGUCCAUCUUCUUCAGCAAGAGUCCGCCGCGACCCUUCGAGUGGAAGCGGCCCAUGGAAAUUUCUGACAAUCCCGAACUGUUCGUGGAAGGAGCUUCAAGGUUCGACGUGCAGCAAGGAGAGCUGGGCGAUUGCUGGCUUCUGGCUGCGGUGGCCAACCUUACGCUCAACCAGUCCCUCUUCGUACAGAUAGUCCCAGACGACCAAGGGUUCGGCCAAAAUUAUGCAGGGAUAUUCCAUUUCAGGUUUUGGCAGUAUGGCCGGUGGGUGGACGUUGUUGUGGAUGACAGGUUGCCAACGGUUUAUGGCAAACUGGUCUUUCUUCACUCGUCUGAAAACGAUGAGUUCUGGAGUGCACUGUUUGAGAAGGCAUAUGCAAAACUGCAUGGAUCUUACGAGGCCUUGAAAGGUGGCUCGACAUGUGAGGCCAUGGAAGAUUUCACAGGAGGUGUGUCAGAAAUGUAUGAAAUGGCAGAGGCCCCACCCAACUUAUACAAGAUAAUGCUGAAGGCAUAUGAGCGAAGUUCCUUAAUGGCUUGUUCUAUCGAGCCAGAUCCUAACGUAGUGGAAGCACAGACUCCAGAAGGGCUCGUGAAGGGCCAUGCGUACAGUGUGACAAAGGUGCAUUUCGUGGAUAUCGUUACCCCUAACAGAUCUGGGAAGAUUCCAUUGAUCCGGCUGAGGAAUCCAUGGGGAAAUGAGGCAGAGUGGAAUGGCCCGUGGAGCGACAAGUCUCCAGAGUGGCGGUUCAUCCCCCAGCACACAAAGGAAGAGAUAGGCCUCACGUUUGACGACGACGGGGAGUUCUGGAUAUCGUACGACGACUUCAAGAGGCACUUCUCCCGGCUGGAGAUCUGCAACCUGAACCCCGACUCCCUGUCGGAGGAGGAGACGGCCGCCAAGGGCAAGCGGCGCUGGGAGAUGAGCAUGUUCGAGGGCGAGUGGGUGCGAGGAGUUACGGCAGGCGGGUGCCGGAACUUCCUCGAUACGUUUGCACACAACCCGCAGUACCGCAUCACGCUCGAAGACCCGGACGAAGAUGACGACGACAACAAGUGUACGGUUAUCAUAGGCUUGAUGCAGAAGAACAGACGCUCUCAGCGGAAAGUGGGUGCAGAGUGCCUUACGAUAGGAUUUGCCAUGUACCAUCUCGUGGACCCGGACAACCUGCCGAAGCCGCUGGACACCAACUUCUUCAAGUACAACGCGUCGGUGGCCCGCUCGCCGUCCUUCAUCAACCUGCGGGAGGUGUGCUGUCGGUUCAAGCUCCCCCCGGGCGCGUACUGCAUCGUGCCGUCGACGUUCGAGCCCAACCAGGAGGGCGAGUUCAUCCUCCGGGUGUUCUCCGAGAACAAGAACAACAUGGAGGAGAAUGACGAGGAAGUUGGUAUUGGUGAAGUUGACGAAAGGGUGAAAGGCCAAGGAGACAUAGACAACAUUCCUCUGCAUGUGAAAACUGAGCCCCUACCGGAGGAGGAGAAGACGAAGGAGAAGGCGAAGGAGUUCUUCAAGAAGAUCGCCGGGGACGACAUGGAGGUCGACUGGAUGGAGCUCAAGGAAAUCUUGGACUACGCCAUGCGGGCCGAGCUGCCUAGGACUAGUUCGCAAUCUCAGGGCUCGGUCGUCACCUCGAUACUUUCCGCCUUGUGCGGCACGUUUUGUCGAGACACCCCAUUUGGAUCACUUUUCGAGACUCACAAUGAGGGUUUCUCGAAAGACGUGUGCCGCAGCAUGAUUGCGAUGAUGGACGUUGACAGGUCGGGGAAACUUGGCUUCGAAGAGUUCAAGUCUCUCUGGGUGGACAUCAGGAAUUGGCGGGCGGUGUUCAAACUAUAUGACAAGGAUAGCUCUGGUUACAUGAGUGCUUUCGAACUGCGUACGGCACUCAACUCGGCGGGUUACCGCCUUAACAACGGAGUCCUCAACAUCCUUGCUCACCGCUACAGCUCCAAAGAUGACAAGAUUACGUUUGAUGAUUUCAUAAUGUGUGCUGUCAAGUUAAAGGCAAUGAUUGAAAUUUUCCGUGAAAGAGACCCCGACAAUACCAACACUGCGACCUUCACCCUUGAAGAGUGGAUAGAGAAAACGCUCUAUUCAUAAGGGAAUUAUUGCUAUGCUGAAUGAGUCAUUUUGUAUGAACACAAGUUUUUUUUAAUCUCUACAGCAAAAUAUAUUGCAGGUUUGCAUGUUAAGCAUCUGAAUGUAUGGUUUGCACAAGUUGGUACACACAGCCUUCCAGUUACAUUGUCCUGAAUGAGUGGCUGAUGAAGAAAGUUUUGGAAAAGUAUGUAUUGAGGCAUGAACGGAACAUGUGAAUCUCUAGUUUAGGGUUGAAAUUUAUAAUUUGUCAUGCCCAUGUAUAUUAAUAUUGAUAAUAUCAUAUUUCAUAUUUUGUCGGUUUUGAUUGAUGUCUGUACAGUUUGCUACAACUUCGUGUCAUCACACGAAUUUGUCGUUUAUUUAUAACUCUGAUAAAAAAACAAUGUUUUGUGUAAUACAGGUAAACAUUUAAAUUUUUAAAGUUUUUCUCUCAGCUGAUAGAGAAAAUAUUUACAACUCCAAUUAUAGUUACAUGCUGCAUUUUGUAAUGAGUUUUUUGAAAGUAAUAAGGUUUGCUGGUGGACAGUUGUUAAAAAUCUGAAAUAGUAGUGGCAAAGUCUUCCAGUUCCUUUGAAAUUUUUUAAGUAGGUACCACUAAGAUGAAAAAACUACAGAAACCCCAUUAUUUUACCUAUAAUUAAUGUGAACAUUAACUUUUUACCACACAUUAUAAGUUCAUGAAAACAUGGGAAGUAUGUAAUAUAACUUCAUUAUAAAUUAAGUUUGGUUUUAAGUUAAUAUCAUGAUGUUUUCUUCCAUAAUUUAACUGGAAUUUCUUUACGUUAGACACAUUUAAUAUGUAUAUAAUUUUUUUUUGUAGCUUUGCCACUAGUGUGUUUGUUCGCUGAAAGUAGUGAAUGCAAAUACUAAACAACAGUAGCAGAUUAGCCUAUUUGCAGUUAAGAUAGUAUAUUUAUUCAUUGUUUCGCCAGUUGCCUUCCAUAAUGUUUAAAAGUGAAUAAAAUGUUAACAAUUGUAAAUGGUGCUAUAAUAUAUAUUUUUGGCGUGUUUGUACGUAAAAGAUAGAUACAUUUUCUAUAUAGUACCAUUAAGAUUACAAAACAUGGUCUUGUUAUGCAUUUCUGAAAGUCAUAGUACAGUGACAUUCCUAAAAUAUAAAUAUUUUUCAUUACAACAUUCAUUUUGUCUCUCAUGUACUGUAAUUGUUACUAGAUUUUUGCUGUUAGGAAAUUUCUAUAGCUGUGACAUUGGAUUAUUUUGUAAUGUAUAUUUUUGGGGUCAAUGUUUAAAACUGGUACUUAGGUGGUUUUUCACCUAACAUUCUCAAGAAAGCCUGUAGGAAUCAUAAAACAGUUACACAAGUAUUAUUGUAUUUAAAAAAAAAUUUGUUCUCAUUCAAUGAAGAGUUAGGUAUGUAUUUAACUAUGUGUACCCUGCUUGAUUUUUUAAAAUAAAAUAUUAACUUUUUGUUAUAAA